GUGAUUCAGGCGGACCUGCUCUCAUCCCGCACAUGGUUGAUAACUCGUACCUCAAAGGUCGCCCUGAGCUGGACCUCAUUGUUGGAGUCACUUCGGGCGGGCCCCCAUGCGAUAAUGCUACAGAGAGCAUCUACACACGUGUGAGCACCAUGAGGAGCUGGAUCUUGUCAGUAACCAAGAAUACUGAACUGAUACAGAACUCAGGCCUAUCUGCACUGCCUCAAUUGACGGGAGGUACGUUUUGGAUGCUUUUUGGCACGUGGUUCAACGGUUUCAGCUGGGUCUGCAUCGUUGUGGUGCAUGUUCAACUAUUCUCCAAACUGCAUGGAUGCCGGCACCAGAAUAGUGUUCUGAUCCCAGGCAACGAAGUACUGCAGAAACGCUUGCAAAUGUCAAUUCCUGCGACCAAACCUUCAGUGGACAUGCAGCCAAGUACAAGACGAUCGGUGGUCAGGGGCGUUGCUGAAUCUCAACAUCAGGAGGACAGUUUUGACAUGCCUUCCAUUGAAUCACAUGCCCAUGCGCCAUCAGCCAACCCAGGUCCAUUGAAGCAGCUUCCCUCACCACUUUCGCCCAAGCUGCUUAACUUCGUCCAGGAGUUGGGCCACAGUCCCUUCAGUACGGUGUACCAUGCUACUGUUCAUGGCGCAGAUGUUGCCGUGAAGAUGGUGAGCGGUCCAGUCAGCACAGAGAUUAUGGAAGUGUGCAACGCAUUUCUGAACAAGACGAUCUGCCACCCUAAUGUGGUUUCCGUCCUGGGAGUCCACAAGGUGCAGCAUCCCUUCCUGGACACCUUGCCGACUGUGCCCCAAAUCGGGGCAUCUCCAGUGCCUCAAGACUAUGGCGAUAAUCAUUGUGUCUGGGUACUGUCGGAAUACUGCAACUCAGGCAGCCUGGAGACGGCGAUCCGUGAAGGAGAAUUCUGGGAAGAUGGCGCACUGGACAAGCCCAGAAUGCUGGACAUACUGUUUGCUGCGCGCGACAUUGCUCAGGCGGUGGAGCACUUGCACGAUAAUGGGUUCGUUCAUGCCCACCUCACGCCCAGGAACGUGCUACUGAAGGUCUGCUGUGAUCAA